AGCAGUCAUGGCUGUCUGGGGGGGUUCCCGGGUAGACGCAGUUGCUGCAAGUUAAGUCUAUGUUAGGCAUUCAUUCUGGAUUUAAACCUUUCCUUCUCUGCUGUUAGACAAAAAUCGGGAAAGGAAUCAAAUCAAAAUAAUAAUAACCUCAGCUCCGAGUCGAAGUGCGUGUUGCUGGGCCCGAAGUUGGCGUUUUUCUCUAUUAAAUGUGCUUCUUUUCUGUUCUGGAAGGUUCUACAGUCUGUGGAUGCAAGUUACAGACUAUUGGAAUUGUAGGAAUGGGGAAAUACACUGUUUGAACUUCAAAUCUGCAGCUAUCCACAAAUCAAAACAGCUAAUGUUGCUAAAAAUGAGAUAGCAGUAAACUUUAGAACUGCACAUUUGGUUUGUUUGGCUAAAGCAACCAUAUGAGAGGUUGUGUGCCUCGAAUUCUGCGGGAUGUUUGGGGACAUGUUUGAAGAAGAGGAAGAUGUUGGAUUUGUGUCUGAGAACAAAACUAUGAACGGGUGGAAAUCUAGGAAAAAGGACACUGAACCACCACCACACCGUGCAGCCAGUAACCUCAGUGGAAUCAAAAACCAGGGGGGCACCUGCUACCUCAACUCACUGCUUCAGACCUUGCUGUAUACACCUGAAUUCCGAGAAUCAUUGUUUGCCCUGGGACCUGAGGAACUGGGAAAUUUAUCAGACAAAAACAAACCCGAAUCGAAGGUUCGAGUUAUCCCUUUGGAGCUGCAGAGACUUUUUGCUCAGCUAUUGCUUGCAGAUCAGCUGGCUGCAUCUACAUCUGACCUAACUGAUAGCUUUGGCUGGACAAGCAAUGAGGAGACUAGUCAGCAUGACGUACAAGAACUAAACCGAAUUCUCUUCAGUGCACUGGAGAGCUCUUUAGUUGGAACUUCCGGGCAUGACCUCAUUAACAGACUAUACCAUGGAAUAGUUGUUAACAAGAUCGUCUGUGAGGAGUGUGGCAACAUUAGCGAAAGACAGGAGGACUUCCUGGACUUGACUGUAGCUGUGAAAGGUGUCCGUGGACUGGAAGAAGCUUUGUGUACCUUCUAUGUUGAAGAAGAACAUUUUGAUAAUGAUAAUCUCUACCACUGUGGAAGGUGUGAGAAAUUGGUUAAAGCAACUAAGUCAGCGAAGCUACGGCAUCUCCCCACAUUCCUCACCAUUUCUUUACUGCGUUUCAACUUUGAUUUUACCAAGUGUGAACGUUACAAGGAAACAGGUUGUUACUCCUUUCCGAUCAGGCUGGAUAUGCGGCCCUUCUGUGAGCAGGAUAAUCUCCCAGAUUCUGAAUACGAGUAUGAUCUCUUUUCUGUAAUCAUCCACAAAGGAGGUUGUUACGGAGGGCAUUACCAUGCAUACAUCAAAGAUAUUGAUCAACUGGGCACUUGGUUCUCUCUAGAUGAGCAGACGGCGGUAGUCAACUCAUCAAAAGAUUCAACAAAUCAAGACAACUUGCUGAAAUUGGGGGAUCCUGUAGAAGUCUUGAAAGCUAUUUUAGUGCAGGUGGGCCCUGAUGGUGUACUGGUAGAUCAACUGGGUCAAAAAUUGCUGGAGAAAGUUGGUGUUGCAUGGAACAAAAGAUACCGCAAGCAACAUGGACCUUUAAGGAAGUUUUUGGAGAGUCACCCUGAUGUGUUUCUGCUCAAAGCGGAUGGAACACGAGUUGCUGUAAAACAGACUGACCAUGACUUUUCAGGGCAACAGCCCAACAAAUCCAAAAUCGAGAAAGCACAGACAGAAAAUUGCAAAGCCAGCACUGCGCAUGCUGACAAGACAGAAAGACACUCCAAGAUACCUACUUCUGAAGUAUACUGGUUUGAUUUUGAUGAUACCCAAGUGCGGCCUAUCCAAGAGAAAGACAUUGAGAAGCAAUUUGAGGGCAAGGAGUGUGCCUACAUGCUGUUUUAUAGAAAAUCUCAACUACAGCGACCAGCAGAGGCUCGAGGAAACUCAAGGUACAAAGUACCUCCUGACUUGCUGGAAGAGAUAGCCAACCUGGAUGCCAGCCUUCAAAAACAAAGGGCAGAGUUUGAUUCUGCAACCAAUAACAUUGAAGUCCAUCUUCACCUGGGUCCUGAGUAUAAAUUUGAAAACGGCGCCCUACACCCAGCUUCUUCCCAGAAGGACAGCAUGCUGACGAUAAUCAUUGAUAGGAGGAAAACGGUUGGUGAUCUCAGACAGGCUAUUUUCCAGCUGCUGGAAUUUUGGAAGGGUGAUAUGGUGAUCACUGUCGCCAAGCAGUUGCCUGCUGGUCUUCACCUUUACGAGACCUUCCAUGAGGACCACACCUCUUUAUACAGUCUGGGCAUCACGGAUGGAGCCAUUCUCUUUGUAUGGAACGGUAACCAGGUUGAUGGAGUGGAGAUGCACGCUGGCGAGGAGUUUGAACCCAUGCUGCUUAAAAUAUUGUGUCCUACACUGAGGAGCAAAUCAGAAACCGAGAUGGUGCAGUUCAUCGAGAUGGAAAGGGUGUUCACACGAAACACAUUGCUGUCUUCUGCACGAGACAUUCUAGCUCUGUCAACAGGGAUUUCUCCAGAUGAGCUGACAGUUUAUUACAAGAAGAAUUUGGAGAAUAAAGGGUCCACAAAUUGGGUUGCGUAUGAUGCUGAGGAUGGGCACAAGAGCCUUGCAGAUCUAAGGCUGAAGGAUGGUGACACUAUAUUAGUAUCAGACCAGAAGUGCUGUAACCUGAGUGUUCUUUCAUCGAAUGGUAUGCCAAUAACUGUAGCUGACCGCAGCUGGCUGCAGGUCAAGAAUUACUGUGGUGAGAAAUUGUCGCAGACUGCAGGAACAACGGUGACCAUUCCAGUCACCAUGGAGACUUUGAUUUCGGAAAUCAAAGCGAAUGCCAUUGAGAAGCUGAAGUUGAAAGACGAACAAGUAGAUGGAACCUGUUUGAGACCAAUUGACAGAACUGGAAAACUACUCCCUCCAGUCUGUGAAGAUUUGACUGUGAAGGGCAUUGGACUGAAAACAGGAAGCAGUUUAGCACUUUUUCCUGGCCACACUCCAAAAGGUACACAGCUGUUCUUGUACUUUUGUGUUGGGGACAAUCUUCAUAUGAGUCCUGAAAUGGAAAUUGUGGUAGAACAGAGCAUCUCGGUCCGAGAGUGCUUGAAGCUGAUGUUGGAGAAAGCCGCAUUAACAGGGGAGUAUUGGCACUUGAGGAAAACUGAUUGGUGCUAUGAUGCUGGGGAGGUUUUGAAAGACGAAGAAGCCACAUUGACAGACAUGAAGAUAACAAAUGGAGAGACACUGAUCAUCAUGGAGGGAAGGCUUCCACCAAAGGGAUUCCUGAUGUUACCUGUCUGGCUGUACCAGCCUCCACUGAACUCUGAAAAUAGAGGGUGCUUUCAAGAAGAGCAGGAAAACAUUGCAACUAAACUCUGUGCUUUAAGUAUCGAGUCAACUGCCAGAGAUUUUUCAUUGCAGCAGUAUAUGGGGACUGAACUGGAGUGCAUUGGCAAUGUUGAGAUAUCUGGGGAAGCUAGUCUAGAGGACUUAAAAACUCAGGUUUUGACCUUGCCUGUGCUGCAGGGUCUCUCUGUUCCUUCAAUUGAGUUCCUCAGAGUCUGGCUGGUGGAGAAUAAAUGUCCUGUCAAAAUCCUACGGAACCAGCAGCAACAGCUCAGCAAAUUUAAACUGGGGCCUACUGCAGAGAUUGGAAUUCAACUACUGCAAGCAGAAGAAAAUCUAACGUCUACUGAGUUGCUGUUGCGGCUGAAGAUGGCAGUGCCUGGUGAAAGGAUGUAUUACCCAGCUGAAGAGUUGGUUUGGGACAUAUCCAAGGAAUGCACAAUUCGCACCCUUAAACAAAAAAUCAUACAGCACUAUUUGUUGCCACUGGAACAGAUUGAAAUUGCCAAAUAUUUUCCAGAUCAGUUUGAGUGGAUGCCUAUGACCAGCUGGACACAAGUUUCAAAGAAGAAGAAGAAAAAGAAACUGCAGAACCUUCAGGGAGCGCCUUAUUAUCUCAAAGAUGGAGAUAUUAUUGGUGUUAAGAACCUACUAAUCGACAAAAAUAAGGACUUCAGCACUGUAGUUGAUGACAUCGGGAAGGAGAAACUCAGACUGGAAGGCAAUAAUAAAGACAAACGUCAUCAAGCUACUGUCCAGCAGAGUGGAGAUGCCCCAGAAAGUCACGAGAAACAAAAACCUUAUACUCGUACCCGCAGACCAGAGGUGGCCUUAUCGAUCAGUGUAGCAGACUUCAGAUAACAGCUAUGGAAUCUGGAUGAGGGUACCUAAAAGAGCGGAUGAGCUCUUGCAGUGACUGUCAGAAGUGCAGAGCUGAGUAGGAGUAAUGAAUGAACAGAGAGAUUCAUCACCUACUAAAUAUGCAGGAGUGAAGGUAGCUGGUGGUCUAAGUUAUAGAAUUAUGUUUGAGGAUUAAUCAGCAAGGGCUGUCAAAUUCUUCACUCCAGUUUGGUGUGCCGUGAUGAGGUUUCCUUCUGUCUCAAACUGGGAGGAGAAACCUGACAACGCAUUAUCAAAACUAAGAGAAGAAUUUUCUCCAGAGGGUCUUUGAUUUUUGUUUUGUCAAUAACUGCCUAAAUCAAUAUUUUAAAAGAAAUUGAUUUUCUUCUUGCAAGUAUUCAGAACUAAUUUUUUUUUUAAAAUACCUAUGCAAUAAAUGGGAAUCCAUUCCCAAGAAAUAAUUCAAAGCUUCUGACACACCAGCAAUUGGUGCUUGUUUACAUUAAGGAAAUCCAGUGUUGCAGCUGUCAAUGCUUUAUGUAAUGUUCUGCUAAUAUGCUUUUGUGAAAAUAUCACUCUCAGUUCAGGGGUGAUUGAUAUGUUGAUUGGACCAUAAAAUCCAGUGUAGAUCUCACACCAAUGUGGAGGCUGUUAUCACAUAGAAAGCUGGUUGGUUGUGACAUGAAGGAUACUGGACAGGUGUAACAGUAUCACAGUUAGUGGAUUUUAUGGUCUGACUUUCAGUGAGAACCUGACUUGUUGGCAAGGACUGUGUCCCUCACAUGAACAAUUUGUAACCUCAGGAGUUCCCAGGUCAGAGAGAACUUGGCUUUUUAACAUUGAUGCAAAAAUGGUGUAAACUGAGGUAGAGUCAGAAUGCAUACUUCUAUGGAAGGGAGCAAAAAUGUUUAUGUAUGAGCCUGUGUUGCCAGUGGGGUACUAUCUCCUUUGGAGUUUUUGUUUCCUAACUUUAAUUGUCACAAUGACGAGAAAACUGCUUAUUUUGGACUAGUUGCUUUGCCAGUUACUCUGGGCUAUCCGAUGCCUUAAUUAAAAGACACUUUUUAAUCUUUCGGGUGGACUAACUAUAGAGCAGUCAAAUGUAGUUUCUACAUGACUAAUAGGACAGACAGACCAAUUCCCUUUUGCUAAGUUAAUAUCAUAAAAGACUUUCCACUUUGUUCAGUUUCUGGUUAUUCUGGUGGUGUAAGUAUGAUCAAGUACCCAGUCCUUGGUGUGCUCCUGAUACUCAAUGGCACAGGAAUGAGGAGACAAUUAGAUUUUAAAAAAUGUAAGCAGUUAACUGACCCCAUCUAACAGAAUACCAUUGUUUAUUGCUAAUCGAGUAUGACAAACGGGUGCAGAGCCUCUUUGCACAAGAGGUUGAGUCUUAUGAUGUAUUGAUCUGCACUGGGCUUCUCAGGAGAUUGAGGCAAUUGAAAGUAGAGGACAACAAUUAGAAAAUCACUCUGCAAUAUUGUAAAAUAUUCUUGUGAAAUUUGUAAAUGCUACAGAGAAAUCUGCAAAUUUUUCUGUCAAAAAUGAUUAGAAACUCAUUAGAAUUAUAUUUCUCCUCGAAACGCAAGGUUGUAAAAUGUCGCCUCUAAAAUGUGGUUGAAUUCCAGUUACCAGUGCCUGAGUGAAGAAUUUCAGCAUAAAUUGUGGAACUGUUGUAAAUGCUAAACUGAAUAUGAUGUUGGCACGCAAUCGUUUUCUUUACUGUGCAGGAUGUGGAUGUGUCUUAGAGAUUUUACAUGUGCUGUGACAUAAUAUGGUAACCUAUGCAGUAUAUGUGUUCCUUGUUAUUGCCCAAAUUGUUAGAAACAAAACAAAUAAUAUCAAAUUGAACCAAAAAGCCUUCAGGUCUGCACACAGCAAGUAAUGUGCAUCAUUAAGCCAGAAGGAAGCAGAUGGUUUCAUUGUGGCGAGAAAGGGUGAGAAGCAGCAUAGGAGGAUUUGAAAGCCAGUUCUCCUGAGAUGUAUAGAAAACAUUGCUUUUAUUUUUCAAGCAGUCUGUUACUAGCCCUGUGCAAUGGUUUGGUUUAGAAGAACUGGAUUAUUUCACGUGAGUUAGUGUGGUCAAGGAGGACCAUAGGUGACCAGGUGGCUUUUAGGCUGAUAACCAUUAACUUGAUAUUUCUUUCAGUAACAAUGGACCAGAUAUAUGCAGAGUCCUUAAAUACUUUUUCUUUAAAAAAAUGAUCAGUUCAGCUGUUUAUCUUAUUAGUAACUGUUGUAGCUCUAAUUUGUUGCAGUUUUUAAAAUCUAUUGUAGCCCUCUUGGGGCUCGUUAUCCCUUCUAAAACAGUUGUCCUAAAUUAGUGCCUUGUCCUGUACUUAUUUAUGCCAGUAGAUGCCACGUAAAACUAGACUGUUGGUGUAUGUUGUAAAAUGCCAUUUUUCACUGUUUGUUUGGAUGUAAAGUUAUCCGUAUGUUGAUCGCAAAUUCCUCUUCCAAAUGGCCCACCUCAUUAACCUUUAUCUCCAUAAAACAAGUUUCAGCUUCAGCCUCACAUCAUGCAGUGAUUCUGGGGUAGAUUUACCUGUGCACUGGAAAUGAUUUAUUUUAUUUUCAAAUUAGGUGCAGUGCAAAGAGAUACCCUUGUCUAUUUUCGAUCAAUGCAGCAUCCAGUAAAACACUGACUGGAAGAUGUGAACCUCUUCAGUUACUGAUUGGGUCCUCCUAAUUAUUAAGUAAUUCCAAGACAACCUUAAACUAAAUUUCUUCCCUACAACUCCACUUGCUUCCAGUAGGUAAAGUAAAUGUAAAGACAGAGGAGGACAGAAGAGCACACCAGGUGGAUGAUUUAGUAUUAAAAGGCAAAUUCUGUUAAUGAAGGCAAAUAACAAGGCAGUCUGUAGCAGAUCUUCAUUACUUCAGGAGCUGAUCAAUAUACAUGUGAAUGGUUUGAAUUGAUUUGUUCUAUACUGAUAGUCUUUGAAUGCAACAUGAAGUUGGCAUUGCUGUUUUGACCUCUUCUUUUCGACUAUAUAUUGCCACGUGGGGGAUGCUGGGAAUUUCCUGUGGAGCAUCUCCCACUCCACUGCUGGUGUUUGCACUGAAUUUUCGCCAAAGUUAUAGGAGAGACUCAGAAUUCCUGCAGGAGUUUCAGCAAAGCUAAACAUUAUGUAGAUCCGUGUUGUAAAUAAUUCAGUCCCAUCCAUUAGAUUUUGGGACAGGUAAGGAGAGAGUGUUGCAACAGAGUGUAAGGCAGACAGAAAGAAAAGCAAAUCAUGUUUUAGCAUGGAAUAAUUGAGACUUUGGUGUGAAGGCAUUGCACUUUUUCAUGUGUCAUCCAGGCUGUGGUCCAAGAAAGAGAGAAACACUUGCAGGACCAGCAAGGUUGCAAAUCUGGUGCUCGAGGGCUUCAGAACCUAGUAGAAAAAUACUUCAACAAACUGCUGCAGAAAAGCUCCUCCAAUGUGAGCAACCAAUUAUUUAUCAAGUCAUUAUUCUAAUCUAUUUUCUGGGAAGUGGGAAACUACUUUUUGAAUUUUCCUAAGAUGUUGGAAUCGGUUUAUUUUUAUCAAGGACAUAAACAAGUGCAAUAAGUUAUGUAAAUCUAUAAAUUGAUUAAAGAAUUUAUACAAAACA